GCUGAAAAGCCCAGUGAACAAGACAGCCCUGACACUGAUUGCUGUGAGCUCCUGCAUCCUGGCCAUGGUGUGUGGCAGCCAGAUGUCCUGUCCACUCACUGUGAAGGUGACUCUGCAUGUGCCUGAGCACUUCAUUGCAGAUGGGAGCAGCUUCGUGGUGAGUGAAGGCAGUUACCUGGAUAUCUCCGACUGGUUAAACCCAGCCAAGCUGUCCCUCUAUUACCAGAUCAACGCCACCUCCCCCUGGGUGAGGGACCUCUGUGGACAGAGGACAACAGAUGCCUGUGAGCAGCUCUGUGACCCAGAAACUGGAGAGUGCAGCUGUCACGAAGGCUACGUCCCUGACCCCAUUCACAAACACCUCUGUAUGCGUAGUGACUGGGGACAGAGUGAAGGGCCUUGGCCUUAUACAACACUUGAGAGGGGCUAUGAUCUGGUGACAGGGGAGCAAGCCCCCGAAAAGAUUCUCAGGUCUACUUUCAGCUUGGGCCAAGGCCUCUGGCUUCCUGUCAGCAAAAGUUUUGUGGUUCCGCCGGUGGAGCUGUCCAUCAAUCCCCUGGCCAGUUGCAAGACCGAUGUACUUGUCACAGAAGACCCUGCAGAUGUCAGGGAAGAAGCGAUGCUGUCCACGUACUUUGAAACCAUCAAUGACCUACUAUCCUCCUUUGGACCAGUUCGUGACUGCUCUCGGAACAAUGGGGGUUGUACACGCAACUUCAAGUGUGUGUCUGACCGCCAGGUGGACUCGUCGGGAUGUGUGUGCCCUGAGGAGCUGAAGCCCAUGAAGGAUGGCUCUGGCUGCUACGACCACUCCAAAGGCAUCGACUGCUCCGAUGGCUUUAAUGGUGGCUGUGAGCAACUUUGCCUGCAGCAGACACUGCCUUUGCCCUAUGAUGCCACCUCCAGCACCAUCUUCAUGUUCUGCGGUUGUGUGGAGGAGUACAAGCUGGCACCUGAUGGAAAAUCUUGCCUGAUGCUCUCAGAUGUCUGUGAAGGCCCCAAGUGCCUUAAACCUGACUCCAAAUUCAACGACACCCUCUUUGGAGAGAUGCUACAUGGUUAUAACAACCGGACACAGCAUGUGAACCAAGGCCAAGUCUUCCAGAUGACCUUUAGGGAGAACAACUUCAUCAAGGACUUUCCCCAGUUGGCCGACGGGCUGUUGGUGAUCCCACUGCCGGUGGAGGAGCAGUGCCGGGGGGUCCUAUCUGAGCCCCUCCCGGACCUCCAACUGCUCACUGGAGAUAUCAGGUAUGACGAGGCCAUGGGCUACCCCAUGGUACAGCAGUGGAGGGUCCGGAGCAACCUCUACCGUGUGAAGCUCAGCACUAUCACCCUCUCAGCAGGAUUCACCAAUGUGCUCAAGAUCUUGACCAAGGAGAGCAGUCGGGAGGAGCUGCUGUCCUUCAUCCAGCACUAUGGCUCCCACUACAUCGCAGAGGCCCUCUACGGCUCAGAGCUCACCUGCAUCAUCCACUUUCCCAGCAAGAAGGUCCAGCAGCAGCUGUGGCUCCAGUAUCAGAAAGAAACCACAGAGCUGGGCAGCAAAAAGGAGCUCAAGUCCAUGCCUUUCAUCACCUACCUCUCAGGUCUUUUGACAGCCCAGAUGCUGUCAGACGACCAGCUCAUCUCAGGUGUGGAGAUUCGCUGUGAGGAGAAGGGCCGUUGUCCAUCGACCUGCCACCUUUGCCGCCGGCCAGGCAAGGAGCAACUGAGCCCCACGCCAGUGCUGCUGGAAAUUAACCAUGUAGUACCACUUUACACCGUCAUCCAAGACAAUGGCACAAAGGAGGUGAGCUCCCCUGGCCCAGUGAAACUUUAUCAGCCCUCCUACCUUCUGCCCUUGUGGACCCGGCAGCAGCAGCAUGGUGAUAACUAG